AAGCGCAACUUUUCGUUUGCACCAAAAUCAUUUAUGCAACACCUUUUAAAAUCUGUUCAAAACAAAUCGAUGAGCUGUUUUCAACUGACGCUCAGCACGAGUUAUCGUUGAGUUUUUCGAGUUCGUUCACAUAUCAUACAGCAAAUGAUGUUUUCGAACAUAGUAGGUCAUCGCCAAAUGUUUUGAAACAGCAUCACGUCUUACUACUGCUACACGUUUUUUGAAAUAGGUAACUCGAAUUGGAGGUCUGUCCCAGGUGCCGCCAUGUCGUCCAGCAGCUCGUCCAGCUCCAGCUCCAGCUCGGACAGCUCCGGCAGCUCGUCCGACUCGUCCUCGUCCGACACGGAGCAGUCGGCCGGGUCGCAGCGGUCCACCCGCCGCUCGCCCGGCAAAAGUCCCAAACCGCAGCCGGAACGGCGCAAAUCGUCGGGCGGCUCCGCGCCGGCUAAACCCACCAGGUCAGAGGCGCAGUCCAAGUCUGCCAGCCGGAAGGCCAGCUCCACGACCGGGUCAGCUGCGGGACGCUCCGCCACCUCGGCGUCCGCCGCCCGCGGGCCGCCCAAGAGUCCGGUGCGCCGGGCGGCCGCCGACUCCAAGGCAGCCAAGAAGAGCAUCUUCAGCCCGGACGAGAGCAGCGCCAGCGAGGCAGAGACGACCAGCAAGCCGGCCGCCAAGGCGCCGCCCAAGAAGGCCGGCCGCAAACCCAACGGGCCGGCCAAAAACUCGUCCCUGUCGUCCUCCAGGGCCUGCUCAGGCGCCGACAGCGGCUCGUCGUCGGCGGCCGAGGAGCCCGAUGGCGGUGCCGCGCCGUCCACCCGGCUGCCGGCGGCGGCGGCCCCUGCGCGGCCCGCCGCCGCCAGCUCGGCCACGCCGGCGGCGGGCUCCUCGGACAGCGAGGCGGUCCGGCGGCGCACGCGCAGCACCCGGCCCUCGCGCUCCCAGCUGAAACGGAGCACCAUCUACAACACCGACUCGGAGUCGGAGACCGCGGACAGUCAGCAGGGCACCAAGGGCCCGCGCAAGAAGAAGCGUCUGGGGGGCAGCGGGCCGGCGCCGCCGCGGCCGGCCGCCGAUCAGCCGCCGCCGCAGCGGCCGCCCACCAUGGGCGAGGGCUCGUGCCCGGUGCCGGGCUGUGACAGCAGGGGACACCUGAGCGGCCUCUACGAGCGACACUUCAGCCGCAUCGCCUGUCCCGUCUUCCACCGCACCACGGACGCCCAGGCCAAGGACCACCAGCUGGAGCGGGAGAUCCGCGCCUCGGACCGCCAGAAGGCGCUCAACAAAUACCGCAGCGGCCAGGUGACCCCCGAGCAGAAGAGCUACGUGUCGCGCAUCACCGGCCAGCGGCGGCAGUCGACAGAGAACAUGGACCGAAAGCCCGAGGUGAUAGACGAUGACCGGUCGCGGGAGAUCGACCUGGACAGCCUGGCGCCCAGCUACGACCUGAUGCUGUUCAGGGAGGCGCAGGCGGCCGCCAGCGCCCAGAUCGAGGACAACCUGCGUAACCUGCCCGACACGCCGGGCCUGCACUCGAUCGAGAUGGGCCGCUUCGAGAUGGAGGUGUGGUACCAGUCGCCGUACCCGGAGGACUCUGCGCGCGGCUCGAAAAUGUUCAUCUGCCAAUACUGCCUCAAGUACCUGCGCUGCCGCACCUCGCUCGAGCGCCACAACGCCAAGUGUGUGUGGCGCUUCCCGCCGGGCGAUGAGAUUUACAGGAAGGACGCUCUCUCGGUGUUCGAGGUGGACGGCCGCCGGUUCAAGUCCUACUGCCAGAACCUCUGUCUGCUGGCCAAGCUGUUCCUGGACAACAAGACGCUCUACUUUGAUGUGGAACCGUUUCUGUUCUACGUGAUGACGGUGGCUGACUCGGAGGGGUGCCACGUGGUCGGCUAUUUCAGCAAGGAGAAGAACUCGUUCCUCAACUACAACGUGUCGUGCAUCAUGACGCUGCCGCCGUACCAGCGCCAGGGCUACGGCCGCCUCCUGAUCGACUUCAGCUACCUGCUGACCAAAACGGAGAACAAGAUCGGCUCGCCGGAGAAGCCGCUCUCCGACCUGGGUCUGAUCUCGUACCGCAGCUACUGGAAGGACGCCCUGCUGCGCUACUUCGCCGACUUCCGCGGCAAGGUGGUCAGCAUCAAAGACAUCAGCCAGGAGAUGGCGGCCAACUCCAACGACAUCGUCAGCACCCUGCAGGCGGUCGGCAUCGUCAAGUACUGGAAGAACAAACACAUCAUCCUCAAGAGACAGGACAUAUUUGAGGACUUUGAGGAGAAGCGGCGCCGUCGCGGUCCCGACCACAAGGAGAUCGAUCCCAAAUGUCUCACCUGGAAGCCGUUCCAGUCCUCGGAGCAGAGCAAGGCCUCCUGAGCUGGCCGUCCGGCGGCCGACCGCCAGGUCACGGUCACAGGUCACGGUGUGUGACGCGGACAAUGUGGCCACUGACACUGGCGGCUUCAAAACAUUCUCAGCUCAUCCAGCGGGGCUGCAGUUUAGAGCAAGAUGGCCGCACGGUGGUGCGCUCCGGGCUCCUGAUGAUUCUAGUUCUAGCUUACUUGAAAUCAUGUUUAAUUUAGAUCAAAGCCUGUUUUACUCUUUCUUUCUGUGUUUUAUUUAUUUUUGUUUUAUUUUUCAAGGUUGACGUGAAUGAUCCAUAAGGCAUAUUUUGUGUGUGCGUUUUUUACAUCCCCUUAUGUUUUGUCGCUCGGUGUAAGACAGCCGGUAUCCGAAAGGAGGCCCAGUUGUUUGAUGAGAUUUGUUAGGCGCAUCCUUUGAAUUGAUGCUGCUAUCGGAUGUGUAAUGUGUUAAUGCAUGUUUUGUGUACAUACGAGUACACAUGCUCAAGCUGUGUAACGUGUAGUUGCAUAUAGUUGUGGGAUUGAAACUCUGCGCGAGCGGCUUAGUGUCUGUUCAGUACUGUUUCAUCUGUUUGGAGGCGCGAUGUCGGACCCCUCACAUAGAGCGUCAUCGGUCUUAUCCAAUGAGAUGUGUUGGAUCGUCGUGGAUCAUUCGCCUGUCCAAGCGAACUAUGUGUUGUCGCCGUGGCUCUGACAUGUUGAUGUAUUAUGUAGGAGACACAGCUGAUGUUGUACGCCGAUGGACUAUGGCUUCGAGCGUUCCAGUUCCUUCAACGCACAGAUCUCGCUUUUUUCGUAGGGCGCUAGAACGAAUUUACUUUUUAUUAAUUAAAUUGAUAUUCCGCCAACCAAUCACAGAUUUCACGAGGUACAUCAUCAACAUCGUUGCAUGUUCGUUUUUGCCAUCCAUAUUUAUCCUAAAGACGCUGUGUUUGCCGGCUCACGGCUGACCGUGGGCUGCCGCCGUCUUUCCCGCGGUUGUCUGGCGUCGAUGACGCUCCUGAACCGAUCCGUGUGCGUUGGAGCGUCCGACUCUGUAGAUACAUAUGUCCGCUAUGAGAACAUCACAUCGGUGGCCGCAAUACAGCGGAUGUGUUUACUGUA